CCAGGAUCUCCCAGGCCAGGGCCCAGGAGGAGGUGGCCCUGAGAAGUCCGGCGGUCCCAGCGAUGCUUCCGAGGCUCGUCUGGCCCUUCCUCUUUCUUCUCUGGGGCCUCCCUCUCCGUGCGGCCCUCCGGGAGCCCCCCCCCGUACCCCCCUUCCCGGGGCUCGAGUGGGACCUGCUGUCCCCCCGGGUGGCCCUGUCUCGCGGGGCCCCCUCGGGGCCCCCGCUCCUCUUCCUCCUGGAGGCCGCCCCGGUCUCGGUGGUCGCGGCCAACAGGAGCCGGAGCAGGCGGGAGGCGGGCCGUCGGGGCGAGCUGGCUGUGUGUGACGCCGUCAGCAGCUGGGUGACGGACCGCCGCACCGCCGUGGACCUGCGAGGCCGCGAGGUGGAGGUGUUGGGGGAGGUCCCGGCGGCCGGGGGCGGGCCCCUGCGCCAGUACUUCUUCGAGACCCGCUGCAAAGCGGCGGCGAGCUCCGAGGGUCCCGAGGGCGGGCCAGGCUGCCGGGGCGUGGACCGUAGGCAUUGGGUGUCCGAGUGCAAAGCCAAGCAGUCGUACGUGCGCGCGCUGACCGCCGACGGCCAGGGCCGAGUGGGCUGGAGGUGGAUCCGCAUCGACACGGCGUGUGUGUGCACCCUGCUCAGCCGGGCCGCUGCGGGUGGGCGCGCCUAA